GCUGGAAGCUGCGAAGCUUCGUAUGGUUCGUGUUGGCUCUCGCCUGGCGUGAGGCUCACUUUUACGCGGAGCCACCAUUGUUACGAGCGCGUCGCAUCUCUCGUCCCGUUGCUCUUGUCACGGUUGCGUGAACAUUUAGGUCCUCGUACCGGCUACAAAAGACACGCUACGGUUGAGCGACAAUUGUUCGAUUAGAGCAGACGUUCCCAGGUGUGACCAGAGUGGCGUCGUCGCCUUGACACCUGUACAUGUGUUCGUGCCGUGCCGACGGCCUCGCAAAUCUUUCGGACGAGUUGGCAGGCGCGGCGUCCGCAGUGGAGAAUCGGGACAUUCUGGCUGGUUGGGCUGCAGGUCCUCAGUUGGAUGGACGACGGCACUGAGGCUGGAGAAAGCAGCGUGCCGCGCACAUGUCGGCUAAGACCGCGAGCGCAAUGUUUCGCACAGUGAUUGCCCUUCUUGCUACGGGAACCGCGCUGGCCACGUACCUGGACGACGAGAAGCCGUAUGAAAGGAGCGAAGCGGUGCGUCUGGAACGCGAUUCGCCCUACCACUUCGAACGCGAUGCGCCGCGGCCGCGGCUGCCACCACGCUACUCUACCGAACGCGGAUGGCUCGGCCGGAGCCCCCUGGUGGGCAGGGCGGCUCGUGUUAGGCCUGGCCCCAUCUACAUAAUCCGUACGCUUAACCCGGAACCGGGCUCCGGCCAGCAGGAGACACCCCUCGAGUCGGCACAUUGGCAGGCGCCACCGCUGCUGUUCCGGACGCCGCCCAAGACGCUCUCAAUCGCCGAAGGCAGCAACGUGCAGUACGUGGUCUUCGUCGACCGCAGCGCCCUCCCGAUUGAGGAGCCAACACUGGUGGAUGCCUACCACGGCCGGCUGCGAAAAGUUCACCGUUGGAGCCCGGAGCUCUACAAGGCGAAGUCCUAAGAUGCCCUUCAGCGCUCGCAGCUCCUUCAUGAAACCAAGUCAUUUAUUAGUGUAUUUAGUACACUAUUAAUCAGGUCCCCCUUAAAGUGCUAGGUAUAGCCAGGAAACCGAACAUUUUUCGUUUGGUUUCCUGGAUAUAGCCAGCAUUUAACCAGGACCUGAUUAAGAGUGUAGUUCGUUAUAUAUGCCUUAGCGGAAGAGGCAAGUUAAACGUUACUCCAUAUGAGGGCUGAUACGUAAAAUAUGGGUCUAUUAGAUGGUCUUGAGAGUGAAUAAAAGGUUGAGUAAAUG